CACCACGCCCACCACGCCCUCACACCGCCCUACACAUCUUGAUCCUCCUCAUCGUCCAUCCUUCUUCCUCUACCUAUCAUCUCUCACCCGCCGCCACCACCAACGCCCCCCUCCACCCUUCUUGUUAUCCCUCAGCAUGGCUCUCUGGCCCGAGCCAGGCCCAUCCACACCGCCCCGCCUAUCCAGACGAUCACCCAUCCAAUACACCUCCUCGUGGGCUAGUGAUCGCAAAUAUGCCCUCCUCGUAGACGCCGGAUCUUCUGGCUCACGAUUGCAGGUAUACUCCUGGAAAGACCCUGACGUCACAAAGAGGCAGAGAUUAAGGCAGGGAAAGAAGAUCAAGGUCUUGCCAAAAGUUGAAAAGGGCACGCAGGAAGGUAGCGGUCAAGAGUGGCAGUGGAAGGUAGAGCCAGGCAUCUCAAGCUUUGGCUCUCACCCUCAAGACAUCGCCAAUUACCUCCGGCCCCUCUUCCGCCAUGCCCUCGAUGUCAUUCCCCCUCAUCAGGUAGCCUCCACGCCCGUUUACAUCAUGGCAACGGCCGGUAUGCGACUCAUUCCUCUCGAACAGCAGCGCAGUAUCAUUCGGGCAACCUGCUCCUUCAUCGAAGGGGAGACUUUAUUCAGCCUCCAUGGGCGAUGCGAAGACCACGUGCAGGUCAUCAGCGGGGAGGAGGAGGGUUUGCUAGGGUGGAUCGCCAUCAAUUACCUGAUGGAUGGCUUUCACUUCAAGCCCGACGACGAUGCAAAGAAGCUCAACGCUGACACUAAGGCAUCCAAGGGCAAGUCCACCUAUGGCUUCCUCGAUAUGGGAGGCGCAUCGACGCAGAUAGCCUUUGAGCCGAGCAAGCACGCCCUUGCCGCUUCGCCCGCCAGUGGGCAUCAGCAGGAGGAAGAGCUGGCGCAAGUCAAGCUGAAGCUCCUCGAUGGUACAGAGGUGACGCACGACGUCUUUGUCACGACAUUUCUUGGCUUCGGGGCCAACAAGGCUAGAGAAAGAUACGAACAACAGCUCACUCAUGAGGCGAGUCUGGCAAAGUCGGACAGGCUUAGCGCUGUACCAGACCCUUGUCUGCCUUCGGGCUCGUUGAUACAUCCCGCUACUAAUGCCUCUAUCACUGGAACAGGCUCCUUCAACAAGUGUCUCACCUCCCUGGCUCCGUUGCUCGAGAAAGAAGCUCCUUGCUCUCACCCGCCCUGCCUUUUCCACGGUAUCCACGUGCCGACGAUCGACUUUUCAGUCAAUCACUUCAUCGGCGUUUCCGAGUACUGGUUCAGCUCCCAUGACAUCUUCAACCUUGGAGGAGUCUACGACUUUGUUCAAUUCCAGAAAGCAGCUCAGAAGUUCUGCUCAAGACCCUGGGCGGAACUAGAGAAGAGUCUGGCGGGAAAGAAAGAGUUUGCUCCCCAGGUGAAUGAGGAGAGGCUGAGGAUGCAAUGCUUUAAGGCUGCUUGGAUGGUUACUGUCCUCCAUGACGGCAUUGGAAUCCCCAGGGUCAUCGAUCACCAGGGCAAAGGAGACGGCAAGGAUCAUGUCGAUCAGGUGGGCCUGAAGGCUGGCCAGAAGAAUUUGGUGACCGAAGAGGGAGAUUGGUUCCAGAGUGUCAAUGAGGUCGAGGGCACGUCAGUCAGCUGGACAUUGGGCAAGGCAGUCCUCGAGGCCACAAAGGACGUCAAGACAGUCUUGACUCUGGAUGGGCCACAUCGCGAAGGAUCGGCAAUCGGUCUUAGUGGAGAUCGUAUUGCUUCUCAUGCGAAGGAAGCAGCAGGUAAUCCCCUCGCCCUGCUAUUCCUUGCCAUCGUCCUCUUUCUCCUUGGUGGCUUCAUCUUCAGUCGAGGGAAGUCACCACGCGCUCAACGGAGGCGGGCCGUAUUCAACUUCUUCCUGCCGCUGCCCUUCGGUACCUGCUUUGGUCUGGCGAAGAAGCGUACAGCCAAGGGCGACUAUAUCUUGGCUGACACAGAGGACGGCGAGGAGGAAAUGGAAGAAGGGGCUGUCGGUCUUUCGGACGCAUCGAGUUCCUCCAGCAGGGGCGAGCCUGCCUCUUCUCCUUCGAGGUCAUCGCGACAUCGCCUGGCUAGCGGACGGAACAGCACUGGUCCUCUGAUGCGCUUCUUGCCCCUCACUGCCCGUCGCUGGCUGCUGCGCAGCGCAACAUACAUCCCUGGCACUGCUGCAUCCCGUCGAGCGAGCUCGCGCAGGAACAGAAAGAACCGGUCGCAGCACGACAACAUCUUUCAACAACAUGACGUGCACAUGGUCGAGGACCUUCACCUUCAGUCACUUUACGGGAGGGAGAUGGCCAGCAAUGGCGUUCGUUCCGCCUUUUCUCCUUCGCUCAUGAGAGCCUCUCGCCCAGCUUCGCCUUCCAUCGCCUCUUUACCUCCGGGCAUUGCAGCCAGUGGACCCGGCGGAAUCCUCUCGCGUCCCGCCAGCAGGAGCUCUGGCAGAGGAAGUCCGCGCACGGUCAGCAACCCCAGCAGCAGCAACGGGAACGCCAAUGUAGGAUCGGCCUUUUCCCUCCGACCAUACGGAUCGCCCCCACCGCUGUUCAUGACCAGCACCAACGCCAGCCGAUCCAACAGUCCGCCUCAGGGCGCUCUAAACGGAUUCCCUUCCUCUACCUCAGCAGGCCCUUCAUCACAGGCACCUCUGCGCGCAACCAGUCCGGCAGUCGGAGGAUCAGCAGGACCUGGGGGCGCGGCAGCAGCAGGAGCACCCAUGGCCUGGACCAGCUCCACGUCCUCGAGCGUCUCAGGGAGCACCACGCCCGUGUACUCUGCCGUGAGUGGCAGCGGCGGCGGUGGGAGCGCGGGCGGAGUGCACCCCAUGCUCCUCCCGUCCAUCUCUCAAGCUUUUGCUUUCGAAGAGGGGAAGGACAAGGAGAAGAGGGGAAAGAGGGGGUAGAGAGAGCGCGGUGGAGAGGCCGGUAGUCGUUCCACUGGGGAGCUAUGCAACUGAAGAUGAUUCGUACCCAUGUAUAUAUAUAUGCUCUUCAACUCAGGAUCUUGUC